AUGUUCACAGAAGUAAAAGUGAAAAUGUUGACGAAUGAAAAUGACCAAGUGAGAGAUAUAGAAAUGAAUAAUAGUGAAUUGAAUGGUAAAUUAGAUGAUCCUGGUUAUUGGCCUUCUAUUAUUUCUAAUGAUAUUAUAGCAACUAUUGUAACUUUAGGACCAAUUCAAAUUAAUAAUUACGAUUUUCCCCAAAAUGAUGAAAAACCAGCAAGAAGGUUCACUGAAAAAUACUAUUAUCGACUAAUGCCAAAUGGAGAAAAUCUUUUUAACCAUUAUGUUAAAAAUUGUAAUUUUAUUUCUAAUGGCAUUCAAGAUUGGAAAAAUUUGUCAACAAGUCUAAAGCAUCAUGAAAAUUCUAUGAUUCAUUAUGAAGCCCUUAAAAAAUGGAAUGACCUAAAAUAUCGUUUAAAAACUAAUCAAGUUAUAGAUAAAGCGUAUUUAGCUUUAAUUGAAAAAGAAAAGUUACAUUGGAGAAGUGUUCUUAAAAGAAUUUUAGCAGCUAUACAUUUUUUGGCGCAACAUAAUGAUUCUUUUCGAGGAUCAUCUGAUAAAUUGUAUACAGAAAAAAAUGGGAAAUUUUUAGGAUUAAUUGAAAUGAUGGAGAAAUUCGAUCCAAUCAUUUCUGAACAUGUUCGUAGAAUAAAAUGUAAAGAGACUUUUGACCACUAUCUUGGACCUGAAAUACAAAAUGAAUUGAAUGCAAAAUAUUAUUCCGUGUUGAUAGAUUGUACGCCAGAUAUAAGUCACAAAGAACAAGUAUCCAUUAUGUUGAGAAUUGUAAAUUUACAUACAGAAAAUCAGUCUAUUGAACCAUGCGUAGAAGAAUAUUUUUUAGAGUUUAUACACUGUACAUCAACCACUGGGCUAAAUUUGUCAAAUAUUCUUAUUUCAAAACUAGCUGAGUACAAAAUUGAGUUAAGAGAUUGCCGAGGUCAAGGAUAUGACAAUGGGGCAAAUAUGAAAGGUGAAUAUCAAGGCGUUCAAUCACGUAUAAAACAAAAGAAUCCAAGAGCAUUUUUUACACCUUGUGCAACUCAUAAUUUGAAUUUAUUACUUGGUGAUAUAGCUAAGAGUUCUGUAAAAGCUAUCAAAGUAAUUGAAGCAUUAGAAGAAGUUUCGGAAACAACAAAUGACCCAAAAACUAAAUAUGAAGCACAUACCCUUGUUGUAAACGAACUCGAAAGUUAUGAAUUUAUAUUGAGUUUAGUGAUUUGGUACGAAAUACUUGUGGAAGUAAACAUAGUUAGUAAGCAUUUACAAAGUGAGAAUAUAGAUUUGGAAAUAGGCACGAAAUUAUUAGAUGGAUUAAUGACUUUUUUAGAAAAUUAUAGAGAAAAUGGUUUUGAAAAAGCGAAAAAAACUGCUAGGGAAAUUGCAUUGUCGAUAAAUAUUGAGUGUACUUUCAAAAUAAAAAGAGUAAGAAAAACCAAGACCUUUUUUGAAUAUGAAGAAACAAAGGACAAAAAUACUAAUGACGCUGAAUUAGAUCUUCAAAUUCUAUUAACUGAUGGUUCAUCAAGAGAUUUAGAUUCAGUUGAUAUGUAUUCAGAAUUAAUUAUAUUUCGAAAUAUUAUUGAUGAUAAUACAACAAUUCUUCAAGCGUUAACGUUGAUAAAGAAAUCACCUGGUAGUUUUCAAAACAUUUCCAUUGCUCUUCGAAUUCUUUUGACUAUCCCCGUUACUUCCGCUGGGGUAGAAAGAUCCUUUUCUAAAUUAAAGCUUAUUAAAACAUACUUAAGAAGUACGAUGUCUCAAAACAGAUUAAAUUCAUUGGCAACUAUCUCAAUAGAACACAAAUUAGCAGUAUCUGAAGAAUAUAAUUCAUUGAUUGAUGAAUUUGCUAGUAAAAAAAGUAGAAUAAAACGUUUUAAUUAA